AUUUUCUCAUGUCCAUACCAAAAAGAGGAACAGAUUAGAGCACAAAAGGUUGAGCAAGCUGGUGUAUGUUAGCUACAACCGGAAGAUGUCAAAUAGAUUUCAAAAAAUUAGAGAACUUGGCUCCAAAGCAAAGAAAUCCAACCCUCUGAUUCUUGAAGAAUUUAAUUGGGAGAGUGAAUGGGUUGAUGUAAAUUCUGAUCCAGUUCACACAGGAGCAGCAGUAGAUGGGGAUGGCAACGUGCUGACUUGGGGGCAGAUGGAUGAAGCUAUUGGUGCAACUGAAGGUCUCCAGGGUCGUGGCCUGAAAAGGGCGGCUGCUGCUCGUUCUGCUGCUGCUGUUAGCCACACUUAUGCUAGGAAGAAGCGUCCAAGGAGGGCAAAUGCUACUCAGGAAGUGGCUCAGGAUAUUGCUGAACUGAAUGACAGUGAUCAGGAGAUGAUGGAGGUAGAUGCACCAGGUGACCAGCAUGGUGUAUCAGAUUCAGAAUAUACAAUGGAGGAUGGUGAAGAUUCCGGAGGACCACCUGAUGGAGAACAAGAAUUUCAAUUGAAUGAAGCAUUGCUUGAUUAGCUGCAUGGCUGGGCUGUCUUCUUUUGAAAUUUGCUGCUUUGUUGAAUUGUUGUGUGCUGAUGUGUUGUUCAGCUGAAGUGUUCAGCUUAUUAUCAACUUAUCAUUUGAACCUAUUUAUGUACUGAAUGUCUGAACACUGAACCUAUUUAGCUGUCUAAUUGUCUAUGUAAUAUGUAUGCUUUGCUGGUUGCCUGCUGCCCUGGUUUAGUUGUGUUCUUUUUAAAUUUUGAAUUACUUGC